AUGGCCGUCCAUGAAACUCGAUCUGUUCAUCGUCUGAACCGCGCCACAGCUUGUGAGGUCGUUCCCAUGGAUCCCAGCAUGGAUCCCCCAUGGCUGUCCUCAAACUGCGUCUUACUCCCUCGAACUUGGGCAUUGUGUUUGGAGUCCAUCCUUAUCAUAUUUCAGAUUCCUGUGUAUGCUGCCGCUUACUUUCAUGUCUGGCAUCCUGAUUGUCCCAUCUACGCCAUUAUUGGGUUCCUGGGCCACUUUUCUCGAAACCUGACGGUUCAUGGACGGUUCUUCGGUUGUGGAGUACGCCUGUCCGCGCUACUAUCCAGACUGAACCUGGAUCGACUCCCAACCAAGGCACUCAAUAGUUCGACACCGAGUGUUGAGUUCGUACCUAUUUCAUUCUACUCGUGUCUUGAUUCGUCGCUGGAGCAAACUAAAUUGCAGUGGUUGACCAUGGCGUCAAUCAGGAGCACCCUCCAGGUUCCUGUGCCUUGGAAGGGGGAGCUUAAAUACCGAGCUGUCCCCAUACCGCUAAAAUAA